AACUCCCCUCUCGUGACUUAAAUCCCUACUUAACUGGCCAAAGCCCAACCGGCAAGUUUGCCAGUCACAGCUGUUGCUUGAUCCUCUGACAGUCUAACGCUGGAGGCAGCAGACUGAAGUUAGACCGAGCAGCGGCCAGACCUUUGGACUUGGACGCAUCAGGCGUCCGCGUCAAGUGAAAUAUGGCGCAGAACUUGUAUAAACCUUCUGUGGCCAAAGCAGAGGAAAAUCUGCAAUCCACUGAAUAUGAUGGAGUUGUACUUGUGUCUCACUUGCCGCCAGGACAACAGCCAGCUCCAUUUGGAAGUAUUUUGGCAGAAGCAUCAAAGAUUGACGAGUCCCUGGCAUCAGUAGGGGGAGUGUUUGGAGUAAAUCUUCCCUCAAAACGGUUCAUCUAUGCUCCAACUGGACCCAUUUGUCCUGACUAUGAUGAUGUCCGAAGUUUUGCAGAUGCAGCCAAGAAAGGUAUUUGCAGAGCUUUGAAAGCAGGUGUGAAGUGUCCUCUCCUAAUUGUUCCCUCUUAUGAUAAAUUCAAACAAGUGGAGUUGGUGACAGUCCUUGGUGCUCUAGAAGCACUUUAUGUGCCUAUUAUGGUGAGAGAGGAUGCGCCUAAGAAAGUGGUCAAGCCUGUCAAGUUAGGCGUCUGGCUGGAAGACAAGAGUCGCACUAACACAGCUGUGACUUUGGCCAAUGCUAUUGAAGCUGGCAGGUUUGUGGCUCGCGACAUUGGAGGUGGAGAUCCAGAGCGUAUGGCUCCUCCGCAAGUGGAAAAUUAUGUUUUGAAUGCAUUUGGUAAUGGGUCAGGGAUAAAAGUAGAGGUCUUGAAAGGAACAGAAUUUUUUGAGAAGGAAUAUCCUCUUUUUGCUGCUGUCAACAGGGCUGCCAGUGUUAUUGAGCGUCAUCAAGGCAGGAUUAUUUUCCUCACAUAUGAGCCCCAGGAUAGAAAGAAUGUUAAAGAUACCCUUAUGUUUGUUGGCAAGGGUGUGACUUAUGACACUGGUGGUGCUGACAUCAAAGCGGGUGGAGUCAUGGCAGGGAUGUCUCGUGACAAAUGUGGAGCUGCUGCAGUUGCUGGUUUCAUGAAGGUUGUGGAAGAAUUAAAGCCUCAACAUGUUAAAGUUGUGGCAGCACUAUGUAUGGUGCGCAAUAGUGUUGGUGAAAACUGCUACGUAUCUGAUGAAGUUGUGACUGCACGGUCUGGGGCACGUAUUCGUGUUGGAAAUACAGACGCUGAAGGGCGGAUGGCCAUGGCAGAUGCUUUGUGUAGGAUGAAGGAGUUAGCCUCUGGAAAUCCAAACCCUCGACUGUUCACUGUUGCCACACUCACUGGACAUGCUGUCUUAGCUGUUGGAGAAGGUUAUUCUAUUGUUCAAGAUAAUGGUCCAGCCCGAGAUGAAGGGAAUGCUCGGAAACUUCAGGAUGCUGGUGCUGUUGUUGGUGAUCCCUUCGAGAUUAGUACAAUGAGAAGAGAGGAUUUAGCUUUCCAUAGAGCCCAAAGUGAGGGAGAUGAUUUGUUGCAAUGCAACAAUGCACCCUCAUCACGUACUAAGCGUGGUCAUCAGACACCAGGAGCAUUCCUUCUAUUGGCUUCAGGAUUGGAAAAGCAUGGUCUGAGUUCUGAUCUUCCCCUGAAGUAUUCUCAUCUUGACAUUGCUGGAUCUGCUGGCGACUUGCCUGCUGAACCUACAGGAGCACCAAUUGCAGCUCUUGCUGCUCGAUUUGUUCUUACAUUGUAAAGCAAUCCAUGAUUUAACUAUUUUAUACGCAGUAUAUCAAUGAAAUGUUUUUGUAUGCAUAUUUUAACAUGGGAAGGAAAUCAUUAAACCAAUUUUAUAAAUGUU